AUGCCUGCAGAAGAAGAGAAGGUUCCAGUGGAUCCGGCUGUGGUCCUGGUACUCUGCUCUCUCUCCUGUCUGCUUCUCCUCUCACUCUGGAAACAGAGUUCUGGGAAAGGGCAGCUCCCGACUGGCCCCACUCCUCUCCCAAUUCUUGGAAAUAUCCUACAGUUAGAUGUUAAGGACAUUGGCAAAUCCUUAACCAAUGUAACUAACGUGUAUGGCCCUGUGUUCACUGGGUAUUUUGGCUUGAAGCCCACCAUAGUGUUGCAUGGUUAUAAAGCAGUGAAAGAAGCCCUGAUUGAUCUGUGAGAAGAGUUUUCUGGAAGAGGCAGUCUCCCUGUGUCUCAAAGAGUUAAUAAAGGACAUGGAAUCCUCUUUAGCAAUGGAAAGAGAUGGAAGGAGAUCUGGCGCAUCUCCCUCAUGACACUGGAAUUCGGGGUGGGGAAGAAGAGCAUUGAGGACCGAGUUCAAGAGGAAACCCACUGCCUUGUGGAGGAGUUGAGAAAAACCAGUGGGUCACCCUGUGACCCCACUUUCAUCCUGGGCUGUGCUCCCUGCAAUGUGAUCUGCUCCAUUAUUUUCCAGAAUCGUUUUGAUUAUACAGAUCAGAAUUUUCUUAACUUGCUAGGAAACUUUAAUGAAAACCUCAGGAUUAUGCGCUCCCCAUGGAUCCAGGUCUGCAAUAAUUUCCCUGCUCUCAUGGACUAUCUCCCAGGGAGUCAUAACAAAGUACUUAAAAUGUUUGCUUAUGUAAAAAGCUAUGUUUGAGAAAUAAAAGAACACCAAGCAUCUCUGGACAUUAACAAUCCUCGGGAUUUCAUUGAUUGUUUCCCGAUCAAAAUGGAACAGGAAAAGCACAAUCAACAGAUGGAGUUUACUUUUGAAAACUUGAUAGCCACUGUAACUGAUUUGUUUGGAGCUGGGACAGAGAAAACGAACGCCACACUGAGAUAUGGGCUUCUCCUCCUGCUAAAGUGCCGAGAGGUCACAGCUAAAGUCCAGAAAGAGAUUGACUGUGUGAUUGGCAGACACCAGAGUCCCUGCAUGCAGGACAGGAGCCACAUGCCCUACAUGGAUGCUGUGGUACAUGAGAUCCAGAGAUACAUUGACCUUAUCCCCACCAACCUGCCCCAUGCAGUGACCCGUGAUGUUAAAUUAAGAAAGUGUUUCAUCCCCAGGGGCACGACUAUAGUAACAUUGCUGAGUUCUGUGCUACAUGAUGACAAAGAAUUCCCCAACCCAGAGGUGUUUGACCCAGUCCACUUCCUGGAUGAGAGUGGCAACUUUAAGAAGAGUGACUACUUCAUGGCUUUCUCAGCAGCUGUGCUCUGUCGCUCCUGUCUGCUUCUCCUGUCACUCUGGAAACAGUGCUCUGGGAAAGGGCAGCUCCCUCCUGGCCCCACUCCUCUCCCAAUUCCUGGAAAUAUCCUUAGAUUAGAUGUUAAGGACAUCAGCAAAUCCUUAACCAACCUCUCAAAAGUCUGUGGCCCUGUGUUCACUGUGUAUUUUGGAAUGAAGCCAACGGUAGUCUUGCAUGGAUAAGAAGCAGUGAAGGAAGCUCUGAUUGAUCUGGGAGAGGAGUUUUCUAGAAGAGGCAGUGUCCCAGCGCUUGAAAGAGCUACUAAGGGACAUGGAAUCAUGUUCAACAAUGGGAAAAUAUGGGAGGAGACCCGGCGCUUCUCCCUCAUGACCCUGCAGAAUUUCGGGAUGGGGAAGAGGAGCAUUGAGGACCGAGUUCAAGAGGAAGCCCACUGCCUUGUGGAGGAGUUGAGAAGAACCAACAGUGGGUGA